AUGUCUACCCACCCACGCUACUACUACUCGCUGCCCACCGAGGCGCCCCAACGCUCCCGAUCGGGAAGCCGACGACCUCCUCUGACGCCAUCAACCGUCUCUUCUCCCUGUCUUACUACUCUGGUUCCCACCACCUCUCGCCGCGACUCUGCUACUUCGGGAAGCCCAAUCAAGGCCUCCAUUCUCCUCGCAAAGGUCGCCUCUUCGCCCACCACUCCUCGCGGCGAAACCCCUCCAGGAAGUCCAAUGCUCUCGCCAAGAUCCAGGCUCAACUCGGAACCAUCCUACCCUUCCGACAGGCCUGCCAUGUCACGGACCGAGAGUGAUCGCUACGUCAGGCAAUACAGACAGCAGGAUGGCUACAUCAGCUUCCCAGACUUUGAGAAGUUCUGCCAGACUGAAAGCCCAUAUGCCCAGCAAGAACAGCAGACCGACGUCAAGGCUUGA